AUUCCUUUCCCAACAAGUUGAUCAUAAUUCACACACAACCCUCUCCUUAUAACACACACAAACACGCACUAAAAAAAAUCAUUAAAACAAAAUUCGAAGAAGAAGAGAUGAUUCAAACAGCUCAAUUGAAUUGUUCGAUGCGCACUUUUCUCGUUGAACCGAAUGUUUUCCCCCAUUACUCGAAACCUGCUGCUGCUUCGCGAAGCUCUGCGUCGGUUUCUUCCGCCGUUUGUUACUCUGUUUCGAGAAACGAUGAAUCGAUACCGAAGCUGGAGCCUUUCAGCAGAAACAAGUUUGAUAGAGCUUCCUUAAGGAACCCCCCUUUGAUUCAGAAAUCUGAAAAUCAAAUUGCAGAUUACUGUGUAACGCUCGAUGGAGACGAUUCCUAUAGCUGCUGGGAGGCCUAUUUUGAACUCAAAGAUCUUGAAAAAGAGGCACCGAAGGAGGAAGUGGAAAAGCUGAUAAUGGAAGCCGGUGGUGUAAAAUCACUAAUCGGAUGCGUGCACGGAGUUGCAGCCAUUCACAAAGAGAAAAAAGAAAGCACCGAUUCACUCAAGCUGACUAAAAUCGAAAACACACGAGCAGAAAAUCCACGCCCGGUUCCCGACGGAUUGCCGAAAACAUCCGAAGAGCUCGAGGAAGAAGAGAACGCUAAAAUGCCCGAUUCGCCCUUCACUAGAUUGCUUCGAGCCAGAGGAACCCACCCCGCUUGGUACUCGCAGGCACCCGAGCACGAGACCGAUUGACAUCCACCAACUUUCAAUGUAUGUAUAUAUAUAUAAAAAAAAAACUUAGGUAAUGUAGUAAUUUCGAUUUAUGAUUUCGUUUAAGGAUUGUGUAGUUAGUACGAUAAUAAGGGGUUCUAUUGCAUUUAGUGACGAAAUUGCUAAAAAAAACUCCUCGUGUUAUAAAAACUAGCAAAAUCCCCCAAAAGCUCAAUAUUUAGGGGGUGUUUGCUAGAAAAAACAAACAUUAUAGGGGGGGUUUUGCAAAUUAGUAAACUCAUGGGUAACAUUGUAUUAUAUAAUAAAUAAUGUUGUUAUUUUUAAUUUUUUUAAUUA